AUGAUCAGGCCUAUUUGGCGUGGCAGCAGCGUAAACGUAUCGCUGUACCGUUGUGGCACGCGUGGGUUGCAGCGGCGGCUGAGCGACCCGAGCGCGAACAUCGCGCGGUUCGUGCGCGGCGGGUGGCGCGCGCGCGACCCCGCCGACCACAGCCGCUCCGAGAACGACGGCCUCGACUCGCUCGUCGACGGCCUGGCCGAGGUGGAGGCGGGCGACCUCCGCGACGCGCGGCGCGGCUCUCAGGCUUCCUCCGCGCGGUGGGGCUGCUGCGCGGGGGGUGCGGGGGGCGCGGGGGGCGGCUGCCGAAUGCGCGAGGUGUACGCGCGCGAGGAGCGCGACACCGAAACGCCGGCCUGCCUGCGCGAGGUGGCGCCGCGCUGCCGGCCCGCGCGCCGCGCCGCGCCCGCGCCGCCGCCCCUGCGCCCCCUGCCUGGGCGGCCCCCCGCGCGGCCCGCGCCGCUCGGGGCCCGCCGUGCGCGGCACCGAGGAGCACGCCGCGGCGGCGGCGGGUGCGGGGGCGAAGGCGGCGGGCGCGGGGGCGGGGGGGCGGCGGAGGCGGGGGCGAGCUGGAGCGGCGGCGCGCGCGCGUACGUGACGCUGCCGCGGCGCCAGCGCGGCGUGGCGGCGGCGCUGUUCCGGCGCACGCGCCUGCCGCCGCGCCGCACCACGGCCGACGGCACCGACAUCUACUACUGGUGCGAGCUGCCGCCGCGCGCCGCCCACGAGCUCGACGACGGCGCCUACAACCCGCUGUGGGCGAUGCGCGGCUUCACGCAGACCUUCCACCUGUGGAAGGAGGGCAAGCGCCAGCAGUCGGCGCCGCUCAACGCCUACCUCACCUACGUCACGCUGCCCUGGUGGAGCAUCGCCAAAGACAUCCUGGACCACCGCGAGGAGCCCGUCCUGACCUUC